AUGUCUGGGAUCUCGGCGGGGAAGCGGCUGUGGGACGCUGGGAUCACGGAUUUGGUGAUCCUGGAGGCGACGGACCGCAUCGGCGGGCGCAUUCACAAGACCAAGUUCGCCGGGUUGAACGUGGAGAUGGGGGCCAACUGGACCUGGAAGAUCGUCUCGGUGUACCAGUUUGACAUGGCGUUGUACACCAAGAUCUUCCUCAAGUUCCCCAAAAAAUUCUGGCCUGAAGGACCUGACACGGAGUUCUUCCUCUAUGCUAGUGGGAGGAGGGGGUAUUACCCCGUCUGGCAGGAGUCUGACAAUGCAACCAAGGCAGAAGCUGUGGAGGUAUUGAGGAAGAUGUUCCCUGGCAAAGAUGUGCCUGAUGCAACCGAUAUUCUUGUUCCAAGGUGGUGGUCCAACAGGUUCUUCAAGGGCACAUUCUCCAACUGGCCUAUUGGCGUCAAUCGCUACGAAUAUGAUCUUCUCCGGGCUCCUGUGGGGAGGGUUUACUUCACUGGUGAGCACACAAGCGAGCACUAUGGCUAUGUCCAUGGAGCAUAUCUAACAGGUAUUGACUCUGCAGACAUCUUGAUCAAUUGUGCCAAGAGAAAGUUGUGCAUAUACCACGUGUCGGGCAAGUUCCAGCUAUUUACUCUGAGACAAUUUAACCUUCAAAGGCUAACAUCUGAGGGAUUUGCUUGA